CACUCAAUUUUUGUUUCUUUUGGUUGGACGGAUCGGACUAUAAAAUGGAGACUACCACAGCUAGGGCUGGGACUUCCCUCGACCGCUUCCACUGCCAACCUUUCUUCCCCACAUUCACCUCUCACCCCUUCUCCAAAUUUCUAAAGCGAUGGAGUUCCCCGGCGGCCCCAACCACCACCACGUCCACCACCAUUACCACCACCACCACCACCACUACUACAACAGCGACGACGAACGGCUAUCAGGUAAUGUAUACCCGCCGCCGCAGCAGCAGCCCGCUCCUUUCGGCAGUCAGAACGAGUUCGCAGUGGUUCAUCAUUACCCGGCUCCUCCCUCAGCGCCGCCACCGCCACCGCCGAAGACCCACCAAGAGGAAACAACAACCCAAGCCUAUCUCGCCAGCAAGCCUACUUCCAAGGUUUACUGCAAGGCCAAUCCUGACUUCCACCUCACCGUUCGUGACGGCAAGCUGGUGCUUGCUCCAUCCGAUCCUAGCGAUCCCUGCCAGAACUGGUUCAAGGACGAGGAGCACGGGAAUAAUGGCAUGAAAGACGAGCAAGGGUAUCCUUGCUUUGCUUUGGUCAACCAGGCAACGUCUCAGGCGAUGAGUGGGUACACAAACCCGGUGCAGCUGGUACCCUAUAAUAACAAGCCCGAUGACGUUGUUGACGACCACUCGGUGAUGUGGAGCCUAGGCAGGGACGAAGGUGGUGGGUAUCGAGCCAUGAGGAUGGCGAAGAACAUUCGCAUGAAUGUGGAAGCUUUCCGCUGCAUCGAGGAGCUCGGCGGGGUCCACGAUGGAAACACCAUCGUGCUGUGGGAUUGGAACGAAGGAGACAAUCAGCUGUGGAAGAUCGACCUACAGUGAAUUGAUUGAUGUGAGCAAAGUUCGAUUUUGAAGGAUGCGGGGAAAGCAUGGAGUCAAGAAGCGGGGGUUUUGUUUGGUGUGGGGUUUUGUUUAGUGUCUAGUUGGUUCGUUUUUCAUGUUUGUCGUCUCUUAGUUCUGUUUUGUGUCAUGUGCGUCCAAGUCGAGUCUCAGUCUCUUAGGGUUCGUUUGGAAGUUGCGAUUGUUAGUGUUGUAUUUGUUAAAUACAUGUAUUAUUCACAAUACAACGUUUGGAAGUGUCAAGUUGCAAAACAAUGCAUGUAUUGUUUUGUGUGGGUCCCACCGACAAUCAACAAAAAUGAGGGAUUGUACAAUCUCAACUCAAAGUUGAGAUUGUUGUGAUUGUUGGUUUAAUAAUUGAGCACCUUUACUUUUUCCAAUUAUGUCCACGGUUCUUUUUGUUUUAUAUUAAAAGUGGAGGACAAAUAUGGCAUUUUCUUAUAAAGUAACUUUAUAACAAUCAAUUCAUAAAUUAUAAUCUUAACAACCAAACAAUGUAAUUUCAAAAUACAUCUAUUGUAUCAAUACAUGCAUUUAUAUCAUAGUGAUUCAUAACAAUACAAAGAUUUAACAUACGCAACUUCCAAACGACCCUUAGUUUCAAAGCGUUUUAGGUUCCUUCUGUUUGACGUUUAGUUCUGGGUACGUAUUUGCGUGUAAGAAAGGCUAAUUAGAGCUUUUGGUUGAGUACUGUGUCGAGAUUACGCUGUGGUAUUAUUCACAGAUUAAUCAUGACCAUUUGUUUGUUUCGAGGUUGCAUGGGGAAGGACCGUACCGUCUUAAUUUGAGAAUAAUUAAUGAUAACUGUGCAUGCAAUUGUCAUGAGGCGUGUCCUCCACGGCCAAAUGAUAAUGCGAGAAAUUGAGAGAGAAACGAGGGAGGCAGCUAGCAGGCACGCCUGAAUCAACUUGACAACGCCGCUUCCGCUUCUUCCUCCUCCGCGGCGGCCGCCUCAAAUUUAAUAGAAUAUCUGGUAGAACCAGUGAAUGAGGUCAUAGUUUUUUUUUAAUAUCGUCCAAUUCGAACUGGCUUGAUUACACAUGCACAUACAAUAGUUUGAAUUAAUUCUCGUUUUUUAUUUUGACAUAUUUGACAUUCCGCCACGCCUCAUCUGCAAGACGAGUAUAACCGGCACAAAACAGGUUCAAAAAAAUCGGAUAGCACAGCUUAAAUCAGAUCAAAAUUGUCUAUCUAAUUCGAGGCGAUCGAGGCUUAUGCUCUAGCGGUUGUUGGCCUUUCAUCGAUCCAAGGUGGUUCCAGAUCUGUCUAGUGGGUAGCGGUGGCAAAUGGAUUGGAUUGGUGGAUUGAUGGAUCCAUGGAUCAAAUGGAUUGGAUCUAAUGGAUUGGUGGAUUCAUGGAUUGGAUCAAGUGGAUUUGUGGAUUAUCCAUGAAUCCAAAUGACAUCCUCAACCAAGGACCAAUAUGUAAAAUAUAAAAAGUUUAGGUACUAAAAUGUCAUAAUGAAAAAUUUUAGGUACCAAAACGUAAUUUUCCAAUGAUAUUUUUCGUAUAAAAAUUAAAUUUUAGGUACCAAAAUGUAAAAAAUAAAAAUUAUAGGUACUAAACCGUAAUUUGCCAAUGAUCCAUGGAUCCAAUCCAUGAAUCCACCAAUCCAAUUGGAUUUGGAUUAAAUGGAUUGGAUUUAA